AUGCUGGGCACCCUGGCAUCCUACCAGAUUGCAUCUGGAUGCUCAGGUCGGCGCUGCUGGCGUUUGCCGCCCGCCAUGGCUGCUGUGGAGGCCACGUUGUGGCAGGGCAGCGCCCAUGAUGAGUGGUUGGACGUGCACGUGCGGGGGGAGGGUCACCAGGGUGGAGAAGGCCAGGGGGGAGCAGCGGAGGAUGCGGCGGCCAGUGGCGCCAUUGCGGGUGGCGCAUUGCUGCCCAGCAACUGGCUGGUUGCAUGGAGGAUCCGUAGCGGCAGCCCCCGGAUCCUUGAGGUGCAGCAGGCCCACAUUGUCGAAGCGUCAAGUUUUUGUGGAGUGCGCCUCCACUUCCCAGCUGCUGUGCAGGAUGUCGACCUCAAGCCCACUGCGACUGGCGCUGUCCUGGUCGCGCUCUUCUCGGCAGGCAUCCUUUACUCCGCCCCUCUGCCCGCAACCCCAUCAGGGCUUGCCCUUGAGCAGCUGAGCCCCACCAGCUUGCGCCGCCACAACCUGGCUGCCCCGCUUGGCCGCCUAGGCGGGGCCACCAGCCUGGCAGCCGCGGCAAGCCAUGCCCUCAUAGGAACGAAAGCAGGAACACUGCUUAUGUGCGCACUGCCGGCUGAACAAGACGAGGUCACUGAGCUGAAGGAGGCGGACCGCGUGCUGGGGCGGCUGUGGAGAGGGCUCGUCUCAGGUGUGCCCGCUAGCAGCCCAAUUUGCGCUGUGGCGACGUUACGAUUGCGCGGGGCUGACGUGGGGGCGGCCCUCCAUCUGGACGGCAGCCUGCGGCUCUGGAAUUUGCAAACCCGCGACCAGCUUGUACGCGCACCGCCGUUGCACAUCCCUGAGGAAGCCAAAGGGUAUGCCCCUAGCGGUCUGCUGUCUGUGGAUACCAGCGAAGGGGCGCGCCGCAUCGCCGUUGGCUACCGGCAUCCCCAAGAGUUGCGCCAGGUGGUGUGCCUGUACGAGAUAGAGGAGCACGGCUGGGCCGCCACCUUUGUGCAGUCCCAUACGAUCGAGGGCCACGUGUCGUCCCUGGCCCUCACUGCUGCGGGCCUCACCCUGCUGGCUGCUCCCACUCCCAACGUACCUGCCCGCCUCGAGCAGCGCAGCUGGCGCCAGCACACUGUUGAUGCGCCCUUAUCUGUGGUGCCGGCCUCUGAUUACGUGCACACCCGCCUUCUGCUGGGGGACGAUCAAGAGGGUGCUUUCGAGCAAGUAUGGGCUGCACUGGAAGACGUGGAGCUGCCAGACGUGUCGGCUGUGUUUGUGGACCGCCUGCUGUCCGUUGGCGUCUUCUCGGCCGAGGCUCUCACGCGGCUGCUGAUCGCCCGAGGAGUGCCCCCAGCUCACGGUCGGGAUGUGGCGGAAACGGCACAACGAUUGCGACAAGCGGCCAAGGUGCCUUCAACUGCAGACCAGGCAACCGCUCUCCGCGGCUGGCGUUCUCUCGCCCAGUCUUACGCUACCACGUGGACUGACCUCCAUCAGCCCCUCGGGCUCGCCACCAACUCAGACGGCACUUUCGCUGCGGCAGUCAACUCCGACUCGAUUUCAGUCCUAAGGGCACCCGACAAGGCGGAAACAGAACGACCAAGUACGUCGACGGAGGUAGAGAAUGCUUCGCCCAGCCUGGCACGGUGCUUAGAGCUCGUUGGCGCAGGGCUGGGUAGCGUAGCAGGGGAAGUGCUGACGGAGCUGCUGCUGCGGGGGGGCAACGCGCAAGGGGCGCUGGACGCGUUCCUGGGCCUCUUAGAGGGGGGCAUGUCGGCACUCGACGGCGACAGGCAAAGGCAUAAACACGACCGGGAACGUAUUCUGCAAUUACGGCAGAGCGUAGAACAGCUGGGAAGCGGAGCAGGGGGAUGGGACGGCGUGCUGGCGCAGAUGAGAUUGUUAAUAGCGGGGCUGGAGGCGGGGCCGGGGCAGGUAGCUGACGCUGUGGCGGGGGGGCGGCCGGGGGCCGGCCUGGCGGUCGGAGGGGGCGUGCGGCAAGCGGUGGCCGCGCAGCUGCGGCGGGCGCAUCACGUGCUGCUGCUGCUGGGACUUGUACAGCGGUGUGGCGCUCAGGUCGGGGUGCCCCCGCCCGUGCUUGCCGCUGUCCAGUCGGAGCUGGUCCCUGCCACGUGGCGGCUGCUGUCGUCGCUGCUGCUGGUGCACAGCCUGGCCACCAUCCCGGCCGCCACGCUCGCGGCCCCCUCUGGCGUCGACUUCAGCCAGCGGCUGUCCACCCUGCAAAUAGGCGACUCACGCGGCCCUCCGUCCCUUCCGCCCGGGACCCUGUCCUUGGCUGACGUCACCCUGGCCGCUCAAGGCUGGCUGCCUCCCCUCUCGUCCGCUGUCCCGCCGCCCGCUGUCCUGCUGCAAGCUGUGCAGAGCGCCCUGGGCGGUCUGCGGUGGCGCGGGGGACGGCGGGAGCCGCAAAGUGCGGUGGAGCGCGCAGCAGACCUGGCGGUGCUGCUGCUGCAACACAACCAGCACGUAGCGCUCAAGGUGUUUCUGCAACGCGUUCUUGACGUGGCUGCCAGCCUGCCCACCGACCUCGGUAACGCACCCGGCAGUGGGGGAACAGCCGCGGUGUGGUUCCUGUACGGGCUGUGCUGCCUGGCAACCACAGGGGCGGACGCUGCGCGGGAGCAAGGAGCGGAGGACGAGGCCGUGGCGGCUUUUCUCAAGGCUGGUACCUCCGUUGGCAGCCCCGAUGCCCUUUUGGCGUCAAUCCUGCGGCUCUUCUCCCCUCAGCUAGCAUCCACCGCAGCAACCACAUUCAACGCCUCCUCGUCGGCCCUGCACCGCGUGCACUACUUCGAGCUGGUCCUCGCCCUCUUGGAGCGGUACGGCCACCUUGCCGGCGCGCUCCAGUGCGCGCGCGCCGCCCUCCAGGAGCUCGCCGCCGCCUACCCCCCCGCCCCGCCCCCUUCGGACGCUGCCUCCGACGCCGACCCAGACGGCGACCUGAUGCUGUCCGGGUCCGAGCUGGCCCUCUCUAGCAGCCAGGCGCGCGAGGUGCACGCCGCGCUGCUGUGGGGCCACGUGUUCGACCUGGCGCUGCGGCUGCGGCGCUACGGGGAGGCAUAUGCCGCCAUCGUGAGCAAUCCCGACGCGGGGAGCGCGGGGGAGAACCUGCGGCGGCUGGUGACGGUGCUGUGCGAGGCGGGCGACGUGGACGUGCUGUGCGGGCAGCAGCUGGCGUACGGGGGGAAGCUGGAGGCAGUGCACCACGAGCUGCUCAGAAAGGCCGAGACGUCGGACGUGGGUGCACAAUCCAACCCGUACCGCGUCCUCUUCGCCUUCCACACGGCCCGCCACAACUGGCGGCACGCGGCGGCCGCCAUGCACCGCUACGCGCAGCGCGUGGCGCAGGAGGCGCCCGUCACGGCCGCCAGCGUGCGCGUCCAAGCCGAGAGCGUCCUCGCCGCGGUCACCGCGCUGCGCCUCCUCCCGCCCGACAGUGCAUGGCUGCCCGCAGAGGACGGCAUCCCCGGGCCCAGCAAACGGCCGCGCAUCGAGGGCGAGGGUGCGGGGCGGCUGCGCGUGACUGUGGGCAUCCCCGACCUGCAGCAGCAGCAUGCGGUUCUGCUGGCGCGCCUCUUCCUGCUGCAGCGGCCGCAGGAAAGCAUCCGCAGACGAGCAGAGAGCGUGGCUGCGGUGCCGGAGGUGGUGUGGCUGCUGCUGGAGGCCGCCGCCUUCGACCAGGCCCUGUCGCUCGCCACUGUCUGCCUCACCGGCGCGCCCCUCCGCAAGGAGUUGGAGGCCAUAUUUCGGAGCCUGGCGGGGGCGUGCUGCCGCGCACAGGCCCAAGAGGACAGGGAGCACAACCCCGCCCGGUCGGCUGCCCCCCGGUCGGUGGCGUCCUCCCUGGACGGCUUCUCCCCGCUCCUGCAGGAGCGCAGCGCCGAAGACACCACCGCCACCGCCGCCACGCUCUGGCGCAGCUUGCAGGCCUACCUCGAGCGGUACGACACGGUGGAGCACAACUUCGCGUUCCGGACGCUGGUGGCGGACACGGUGCUGAGCAACAGCAGCUGGAGGCGGAAAGCGCUGCCGCCCUGGCUGGCCGACCUCUGCAAGGCUGGCGAUCCCGCGGCCCUGCUGCGCACUCUGCUGGAGCACGGCCGCCUGGAAGAGGCGGCGGAGCUGGCGCUCGACAUCCUGGAGAAACCGAAGAAACAGCGUACGUCGAGCCGGGCCGGCUUCGUGGCCUCACAGCAGCUGGGCGCGGUGUGGGUGCCGCACACGCUGUUGGGCCAAUUGCAGCAAGACCUCGCGCAGCCGGGCCAGCCUGCAUCGCGCAACCGCGCAAAGCUGCAGGCCGCACUGCACAGAGAGCUCCAGCAGCACGUCGCACAGGUGACCAGCGAUACCAGGACGCUCCAUGCUGCUGCUUAGAAUGCAAAUGCACGUCGAAUGUACUAGCAAAGCUUUGCACCCGUUCGGUUAGGCCCGUACAAGCGAGGUCAAGCCUUGCAUCAGAAGCGGCCGGUUCGGAUUGUCACCACGUAAGCUCAGCGGCCUAAAUGAUGUGGCAAACUCGACUCCAUCCAAUCUUUUGGACAUAUGCCGAAAGACGAAAUCGCGCGGUUGCCAUAGUCCGACAUUGUGGCACUGGGCGCAGGCUGCGGACCAUAGAGACUAUACUGCUCAAGUCAGCCUAGCUAGCUCACUAUAUCAUACCAUAACGCGUCGGAAACUUGAAAUCGUACAUGAUAUCAUUGAAGCUCAAGGACA